AUGGCGAAAUCCCGCUCAUCAGCGAGAGCGAGGUUUACGACGCUAGAGGCUUUAGCUUUGCAUGAGGCAGUAACUCCCGACCGCUGGUGCGUCACAAGGUCAGACCUGAUCCAUUUGCGGCAUGAGGUCUGGCGUGCCAUCCAGUGUGGGGAGGUUCGGCCUCUUGAUGACCGUGAUCCGUUUCAGCCAUCCGACGAUCAGUAUGGACCAAACAUCCACACAGUGAACGAGCAAUACAUCAUGCCAGUGACGGAGGAAGCCGGCAAGGUCAGCUGGGCACUGAUGUUGCAUCCGGACGGCUUGGAUUGCGACUUGUUCAUCAGCCAUGCCUGGCAGGAGGGUGUUUUCGAGUUCCUGUCCAAGGUCUUGCACUCCUGGCCCGCAGGUUCACGACACGUCUGGUGUUGCAUGCUGGCCAACCCGCAGAAUUUGGACAUAGGGUCCUAUUUGCAAUCUCCCAGCAGAUCGCCCUUCGCACUAGCUCUCCAAGCCUCCACGUGCGUCCUUGUGGUGCCCAACCGCCACUGCAGCAUCUACACGAGGCUUUGGUGCGGCUACGAGGCCUACCGCGCUCACGAGGAGGGCAAGACCAUCUUAAUUGCAAGAGCUUCGAACAACAAGCAGCUGCGCCAUGCCAUUCUCUGGGCCAGCCUCUCAGGACUCCUGGGCAUGAUGUGUGGCUAUUGGUCGCGAAACAUCACGAUCCGGCCGAUUCCCUUGUACAUCAUCGUGGUCGCCGCAUGUAUCAGCGCGCACAUCAAUCACACCAGCUGGCGCAAGGUCUUGAACAGGAUCGGCGCCAUGGCUGUUGGCGUCGUUUUCGUGCAUUGGCGAACAGUUGUUGAGCAUAUGCCUGCUUAUUUGGCCUUUGUGGAGCAGCGUUUGCUUCUUCUUGCUGGUUUGAGUCUCUUCUUGCUGUUGGAGGUGGACCGCGUCAACGGCGAAGCCAAAAUGGAGGAAGCCAAGCAUCUGAGUUGGGGGUUUUCUGGCAGCAUAGUGCAGGCAACAUGUUCUAAGCAAGCCGACGCAGAGCGGAUCUUCGGAGAGAUUGGUGAGCAAACCGUUAAUGUCGACUAUGCUAUCCACGUUCUUCUAGAUGCCGGGAUGUCAUCGCCCACCCUUCGCGAGAUUGCGGGUCGAGGGAUUGAUGUUCGAGGUGCGGGUCACGCCGAGAUCGCUUUUCCUUUCGUUGCACUCGGGCCGCUGGUGUGUGAAACCUUGUGGUCACUUUAUUGUGGCUUCGUCUACCUUCGCCACGACAUCGACGUAGGAGUUGUCCCCCUGUGGCUCUUCCACUGCAUCACCGUUGCGGCUCGUCUUGGCCUGCUCCUCCUUUUAUGGCAGAGGCCCCGCGACGAAAGAUGUUUCAUCUUGAAAAUGAUGUCGAAGAUCGGAGCAGUCUACCUGACCAUCUGCUGUCCUCUUCUUGCAGUUUGGGAAGCUGAGCAAAACAGUGUGGGACGGUAUCGACGGUGGUUCGCGUUGCCUGUGACGGUUUACACGAGCAUGUUCGGACUUGCAUGUCUUGGAAUGAAACGACUCGCGUCUCAGCCCUUUUGUGGAACUGUCUUUCUCCAGCACUUGUUGGCCCGAGGAAGAGGCUGCUGCCUCGUGGCGAGCUUCUUGGCUAGCGAAGAACCCUUUCGCGGACCCUGGCGAAUGGAGACAGAAAGUGACAGCGAUUCAUACACUACGCCAGAGGCUCUUGGUUUACAUGAGACCGUAGCUCCCGACCGCUGGUGCGUCACCCGGUCAGAUCUUAUCUAUUUGCAGCAGGAGGUUUGGCGCGCCAUCCAGUGUGGGGAGAUUCGUCCUCUUGAUGACAGCGACCCGUUUGAGUCAUCAGACAAUCAGUAUGGGCCGAACAUCCACACGGUGAACAAGCAGUACAUCAUGCCGGUGACGGAAGACGCCGGCAAGGUCAGCUGGGCACUAAUGAGGCACCCGGACGGCUUGGAUUGCGACUUGUUCAUCAGCCAUGCCUGGCAGGAGGGUGUUUUCGAGUUCCUGUCCAAGGUCUUGCACUCCUGGCCCGCAGGUUCACGACACGUCUGGUGUUGCAUGCUGGCCAACCCGCAGAAUUUGGACAUAGGGUCCUAUUUGCAAUCUCCUAGCAGAUCGCCCUUCGCACUAGCUCUCCAAGCCUCCACGUGCGUCCUUGUGGUGCCCAACCGCCACUGCAGCAUCUACACCAGGCUCUGGUGCGGCUACGAAGCCUACCGCGCCCACGAGGAGGAGAAGACCAUCUUCAUCGCCAGAGCUUCCAACAAGAAGCAGCUGCGCCUUGCCAUCUUCUGGGGCUUCCUUUCAGGACUCCUGGGCAUGCUUUGCGGCUUUUGUUCGCAACACAUCAAGCUUCAGCCGAUUCCCUUGUACGUCGUAGUGGCUGCCGCCUGUAUCAGCGCCAACAUCAACCACAAUAGCGGUCGCAGGCUCUUGAACAGGAUCGGUGCUUUGGCCGUUGGCAUCAUUUUCAUGGAUUGGCGAACGGUCGAAUUCGAUCCUGAUGAUGACGGUGUUCCGGUGGUGCCUCCUAUCGUUGCGUUUGUGGAGCAGCGUUUGCUCCUGAUAGCUGGUUUGACUUUCUUUUUGUUGUUGGAGGUGGACCGUGUCAACGGCGUUGCCAAAAUGGAGGAAGCCAAGCAUCUCAGUUCUGGAUUCUUGGGGAGCAUCGUGCAGGCAACAUGUUCCAAGCAAGCUGACGCAGAACGCAUUUUCGCCGAGAUUGGCCAGAAAACCGCGGAUGUUGACUACGCUAUCCAUGUGCUUCUAGCCGCAGGGAUGUCGUCACCAAGACUUCGGGAGAUUGCACGUCGAGGGGUUGAUAUUCGAGGCGCGGGUCACGCCGAGAUUGCUCUUCCUUUCGUUGCGCUCGUGCCGCUGACCUGCGUGGCCUUGUGGUCCAUUUACAGUUGCCUCGUCUACUUUCGCCACAAUGUUGUCCUAGGAUUCGUGCCCCUCCUGCUCAUCCACAGCAUCACAGUGGCGGCUCGUCUCGGCCUGCUCCUCCUUUUGUGGCAGAAGUCUCGCGAUGAAAGAUGCUUCAUCUUGAAAAUGAUGUCGAAGAUUGUGGCCGUUUAUAUGAUCAUCUGCUGUCCUAUUAUUGGAGUAUGGGAGACUCAACCGAGCAGAGUCGCACAGUAUCGAGUAUGGUUCGCCGUGCCUGUGACAGUUUACACAAGCAUGCUCGGACUUGCGUGUCUUGGAAUGAAACGACUGGCGUCUCUGCCCUUUUGCGGAACUGCCUUGCUCCAGCUUUUUCUGGCUCGAGGAAGAGGCUGCUGCGUUUUGAGGAGCGAAGAGCCUUUUCGCGCUCCGACGCGAAUGGAGACAGAAAGUGACAGGGACACGUUUACGACGCCGGAGGCUUUGGCUCUGCAUGAGAGCGUUUGGCGCGCCGUCCAGUGUGGGGAGAUUCGUGCGCUUGAUGACAGUGACCCGUUUGAGUCGUCCGACGAUCAGUAUGGGCCAAACAUCCACACGGUGAACAAGCAGUACAUCAUGCCGGUGACGGAAGACGCCGGCAAGGUCAGCUGGGCACUGAUGUUGCAUCCGCAUGGCUUGGAUUGCGACUUGUUCAUCAGCCAUGCCUGGCAGGAGGGUGUUUUCGAGUUCCUGUCCAAGGUCUUGCACUCCUGGCCCGCAGGUUCACGACACGUCUGGUGUUGCAUGCUGGCCAACCCGCAGAAUUUGGACAUAGGCUCCUACUUGCAAUCUCCCAGCAGAUCGCCCUUCGCACUAGCUCUCCAAGCCUCCACGUGCGUCCUUGUGGUGCCCAACCGCCACUGCAGCAUCUACACGAGACUCUGGUGCGGCUACGAAGCCUACUGCGCCCACGAGGAAGGAAAGACGAUCUUCAUUGCCAGAGCUUCGAACAAGAAGCAGCUUCGCAGUGCCAUCAUCUACACUAGCCUCUCAGGACUCCUGGGCGUGGUAUGUGGCUUUUGUUCGCGAGACAUCAAGAUGCAGUCGGUUCCCCUCUACGUCGUAGUGGUCGCCGCAGGUAUCAGCGCCAACAUCAACCAAGGUAGCUGUCGCAAGCUCUUGAAUGCGAUCGGUGCCUUGGCCGUUGGCGUCCUUUUCGUGCAUUGGCGAACUGCUGUUGAGGAGAUGCCUGCUUUUACGGCCUUUGUGGAGCAGCACUUGCUUCUUGUCGCUGGUUGGACUCUCUUCUUGCUGUUGGAGGUGGACCGCGUCAACGGCCAAGCCAGGAUGGAGGAAUCCGAAUAUCUCAGCUGUGGCUUUUCGGGCAGCAUAGUGCAGGCAACAUGUUCUCAGCCAGCUGAUGCAGCAAGGAUUUUCGAAGAGAUUGGCGAGAAAAUCGCUGAUGUCGACUAUGCUAUCUAUGUGCUUCUAGCCGCAGGGAUGUCAUCGUCAACCCUUCGAGACAUUGCACAUCGAGGCAUUGAGAUUCGAGGUGCGGGUCACGCCGAGAUCGCUUUUCCUUUCGUUGCGCUGGUGCCGCUCACCUUUGAAACCUCGUGGUCUAUUUAUUGCGACGUCGUGUACCUUCGCAACGGUAUCGACCUGGUAAUUGCCCCCCUGUGGCUCAUGCUCAGCAUCACCGUUGCGGCUCGUCUUGGCCUGCUCCUCCUGUUAUGGCGUUCGCCUCGUGAUGAAAGAUGCUUCAUCUUGAAAAUGAUCUCCAAAAUUGUGGCCGUUUACCUGGUCACAUGUUGUCCUCUUGUUGCAGUUUGGGAGACUCAGCGGAGCACAAUUGCAAGGUAUCUGAUUUGGUUUGCUGUGCCCCUGACGGUUUACACGAUCAUGCUCGGACUUGCGUGUCUCGGCAUGAAGCGACUGGCAUCUCUGCCCCUUUGCGGAACUGUCUUGCUCCAGCUCUUUUUGGCGCGAGGACGAGGCUGCUGCGUUUUGCGGAGCGAAGGACCCUUUCACGCUCCGUUGCGAAUGGAAACAGAAUGUGAAAGAGAUUCGUCUCCUUCCUCAACUGACUCUACGGAAUAG